UUUACCCGUCUGGGCAGCAUGGACUUCAAGUCCCAGCAGGCAUUGCGGCCGACACACCGGGAACUACGGGGUCCGAGAGGAAGGCUGGGAGCGACCGGUCCUUGCCCUCCCAGAAGCCCGCGGGCGGCUCGGAACGCCGUCCAUAUCAUGGCCGCGGGAGCCGGGACGGCGGGCUCCGCUUCCGGCCCGGGCGUCGUGCGUGACCCGGCGGCGUCACAGUCGAAGAAGCGUCCCGGCAGGGAGGGCGCGCAGCGAUCGGACGCGAUGGCGGGAGGAGGCGGGAGCAGCGACGGCAGCGGGAGGGCUGCAGGCAGGCGGGCGUCCCGCAGCGGCGGGCGGGCUCGGCGGGGGCGCCACGCACCGGGGCUGGGGGGCGCCGCGGAGCGGGGCGCGGGGGAGGCGCGGCUGGAGGAGGCAGUCAACCGCUGGGUGCUCAAGUUCUACUUCCACGAGGCGCUGCGGGCCUUUCGGAGUAGCCGGUACGGGGACUUCAGGCAGAUCCGGGACAUCAUGCAGGCUUUGCUUGUCAGGCCCUUGGGGAAGGAACAUACCGUGUCUCGGCUGCUGCGGGUUAUGCAGUGUCUGUCGCGCAUUGAAGAAGGGGAAAAUUUAGACUGUUCCUUUGAUAUGGAGGCUGAGCUCACACCACUGGAAUCAGCUAUCAAUGUGCUGGAGAUGAUUAAAACGGAAUUUACACUGACAGAGGCAGUGGUCGAAUCCAGUAGAAAACUGGUCAAGGAGGCUGCAGUCAUUAUUUGUAUCAAAAACAAAGAAUUUGAAAAGGCUUCAAAAAUUUUGAAAAAACAUAUGUCCAAGGACCCCACAACUCAGAAGCUGAGAAAUGAUCUCCUGAACAUUAUCCGUGAAAAGAACUUGGCCCACCCUGUUAUCCAGAACUUUUCCUAUGAAACCUUCCAGCAGAAGAUGCUGCGCUUCCUGGAGAGUCACCUGGAUGAUGCAGAGCCAUACCUCCUCACGAUGGCCAAAAAGGCUUUGAAAUCUGAGUCUUCCACCUCAACCACAGUGAAGGAAGGUAAACAGCCAGCACCAGAGCCUGUGGAAAAGCCACUCAGAGAACCUGCCAGGCAGCUACAGAACACUCCAACCACCAUUGGAAUUAUGGCUCUGAAAGCAGCUUUCAAGACUCUGUCCAGUGCACAAGAUUCUGAGGCAGCCUUCUCAAAACUGGACCAGAAAGAUAUGGUAUUUCCUAAUAAAGUGUGCCCACCAUCACCAGCCCUCAAAAACAAGAGACCGAGAAAAGAUGAAAACGAAAGUUCAGCCCCUGCUGAGGGUGAGGGUGGCUCUGAACUGCAGCCCAAGAACAAGCGCAUGACAAUAAGCAGAUUGGUUUUGGAGGAGGACAGCCAGAGCACUGAGCCGAGCGCAGGCCUCGACUCCUCCCAGGAAGUCAUUCCUGCUUCACCAUCCAAGCCCACCAUCCUCAACCAACCCCUCCCUGGGGAGAAGAAUCCCAAAGUACCCAAAGGCAAGUGGAACAACUCUAAUGGGGUUGAAGAAAAAGAGACUUGGGUAGAAGAGGACGAACUGUUUCAAGUUCAGGCACCAGAUGAAGAGAGUACAACCAAUAUAACAAGAAAGCAGAAGUGGACUGUAGAGGAAAGCGAGUGGGUCAAGGCUGGAGUGCAGAAGUACGGGGAAGGAAACUGGGCCGCCAUUUCUAAAAACUACCCAUUUGUUAACCGAACAGCUGUGAUGAUUAAGGAUCGCUGGCGGACCAUGAAAAGACUUGGCAUGAACUGAAACAGGCCUUCAUUUCCACAGAAUUCACAGGAGCAUGGUUCCUAAUAAUAGCCCCUGGUAGUCUGCUGUUUCUUUCAGAAGCUGGGCUGGGAUGAGAAUUUUGGGCAUCUUCCUCCCAUGUGGGGGAGGUCCCAGUUCCACUUCAUCACAGUUGGAGAUCAUGGAGCUGAGAAACAAAGCCAAGUCCACCCCAUGUCCUUGACAGAGAUGACAGGCACAUAGCUUGUACAGUGCCAGAAUACCAUUAGUAUUUCCCUUCUUUAGUGGUUUGCUUGAAUUUAAAUCCCUGGUAAUCAGUAGAACCUUCUCCUAGGAAAUGGUGGAGUCUGUUAGGAGUCACUUUUGACUCCAUGACCUGUUAAAACCAGCAACAUGAGCAUUAUUUGGAGCAAACUUGUUCCAGGUAAAGCUUUGGCCUUCUGAUGCACAUGCAAAGGAACUUCAUCUGUCAUGAACCCAGGUUGAUGAGAGACCAGUCCUGGUGGAAUCAGAGUCCCUUUAAAAACUGUUUAGCCAGUUGUGACAUCAACUCCUAGACGUGACUGCCUUGGCAUUUGCUCUAUUUGCUGGGCUAUGUAGGCAGGUUUAACCUCCAUUUCUCACGUGGUUGAACCAGUGUGUUUUUUUGGUAAAAUGGUGAUUGUAGAUAAGCUUAGCCCCUCUCCCCAUCCUCUCUUCCCAAUUCCCUUCUUUAUGCUGGACUUUUAAAGCUUAAAAAAAUCCUGAUUGAGUGUAAAUGCCUAAUUCCAUUCUUUGUGAAAUGGUUGCUUCCGCCUGAUUCCCUAAUUGUGCUGUGUUAGUGUCUUGCACUGGAAUUCAACAUUCCCUUCUCCUUUUGUACUGUGUUGUGCUUGCUGUCUCUCAGACAUCCUUAAAGACUGUCUUUUUAGGAAAAAAGAAUUUCAGUAAAGUGUUUUCUGUAAUUUUUUUAAAAUGAGAACUAAUUAUUGUCCAUCACGUGUAGCAUUCUUCAUUAAAGUCUUGCUUCUCUC